AUGGAGAAAUCCGAUUUGUUGAAGGAGCUGCAGCGCGAUCUAGCGCGUAAAUAUCGUCUUCAUGGGCCGAAGAUUAAAGAAAUAUGGCACUCCCUUGGCAAGGGACAGCGGGAGAGGGUCAUGAGAGCCGGUGCCGCCGAAGGCCAAAUGCUGAAGUCGCCUAUCGAUAGAUCCUUGGGCGAUGUUUACAAGUUCAUCCCUGACUGGAACCUGCGAGACAUCGCCAAUCCGGACUCUGACUAUCUGCUGGAUUGUCUGAAGCACCGCGCGACGAAGUCUUUAUGUGAGCAAUACAUCGAAGGUGUCCACGGUGGCCCAGGUGACUUCGAGGUCAUAGUUAAGAGCAUGCACGUCCAUGGUCUUAAACAUGUUGAUCCCUUCCGCUAUAGCUUCACGUUGUUCAUGGACGAGGAGCAAUACGGGCAAUCCUUUACGGCCUCGGACCGGGUAAAGUAUGAAGAAACAAUGGCUGCGAUGAAAGUUGGGGUGGAUGCUGGGUUGAUUCUUCCUCAGUCGACGGGCGAGCUUAUUUUGGAAAGACAGUCUAUCCUACUAACGUCCAUGAACAUUGUGAUUCAGGACAUUCUUGAAGCCGGUUCUACAUUGGAGACGAAAGGUCGCUCCAAAAAGUCAGAGAAGGCAGCACGCGAGGCUAUGUCCAAACUUGCAAUCGACCAGAAGCCAGGAAAGCUUUCAUUGGAGGAGCUGGCUGCCCUAUCUAUUGACCAGAAGUCAGCGCUGGAGGAUUACGUACUUCUUUGUCGGACAGAGCCCGAGUUCCUUGCGCACGCUGUCAACGCUUGGUUCUUCAGUCGACCCGAGCUGGUCGCAGAUGAAAAAGGCCGACGAUUGCCCUUGAUCACGGACAAAUAUAUUAGCAUCGCAUUUUUCGAGAUGAUCCACAAUGCCGUCGUGGGUGCUGCAGUCUGGGGGUAUAUCCAUCAACUCCUCCAGGCUCUCGUCACAGGGCCAAACGACCGGACCUACAGAAGUUCCUUUCUCCAGGAACUUGCAAACGUCUGUCAUUUUGAGUACCAACGAGUUCAGCGGCUUUUUAAGCGCCACGUACAAAUGGGUUCCGGCGACAAACAUUUCAAACGUGUCUCUGGCGUAUAUGAUAAUGGCACCGCGCGGGUAACGAUGAAAACGAAGCCGGACACCGUUACCAGAACCGAUCCGCAGCUCAGUUAUAUUCUUCGUCUUUGCCAAACGGACACUAAUGGCUCCCGGGCAGUCGACUGGGUUAGAAAGCUAGACGACUUCCAUCAAGCCUAUCCCGCUCAGCAAGAAACGAUGGGAGAAGCCGAAUUUGACGCUUUCGGUGAUCUUGCCGUGACAACCAAUUUCAUCCAGUGUCUCUCGGCGUCUCUUCCCAUGCCACCAAUGAAUCCGAAGAAGGGGCAAACUUAUAUCUCCCGACUAAAGGAGCUGGGGUCUGAGCUUGACCCACUAAAGUCCGAGGUUGACUUGUCGUCGUUUGCAGUGCCCAUCGAUAAUCUUAUGGAGCCGGGAAUGGCCCAAGGUGCGCUGACCACACUUGACGAAUUCAUAUCCAACAACACAGGGGCAGAUAUAGGCUUCCUCUAUCAGGAUCUGAACGAUGAAUGCUUGUUAGACCUGCAGAAGCAAGCUCAACAGCAGAAGGAGAGAAAUGAACGGAUAGCAGAGGCUCAGCCUGCUUCGUCAAUCCCUGAAGCGCCUAACCGGGAAGUGCAAAUUGAACAGCGCAAGGAAAAGACCAAAACACGCCCGCCACAUUCAUCCGUGUACAGUAUCGCUCCAACAGCAGCUCCUACGACGGAAGCAGAACCUGCAGCGCCGUCCCAAGCAUUCAAAGUAAAGCCAUCCUUCUUAGAGGUAUUCUCGACCCUGUUCUCCAAACAGAGAGCACGGAGCUCAAUCACCUGGGCUGCGUUUCAAGCCGCUAUGGCGCACAUGAAAUUCUCUGUCGUGCCAAAGACUGGGUCGAUCUAUACCUUUUCUCCUCCUGAAGGCUUCCAUGUCCAAAAGUCGAUCACGCUCCACCGACCGCAUCAGUCCCGUAUCGAGGGUUGGAGACUUCUGUAUAUCGCGAGUCGUUUAAAGAGAAAGUAUGGAUGGGAUGAGAUGUCAUUCGAGACGGAAUGA